UUUCUAAAUGUUUAAGCAAUUGUCUAGUUUAUUUGGCAUAUUUUAUAAAUCAAAUAAAGUGUGAAAAACAAUUGUUUUAUAUUACUCUCAAAACAGUAUGACAUUUCUAACGCGAGUCGGUGUAUUGUGUCUUUUAUUAUGGAUUAUGACCGAAGAAAUUAUUGGCACAGAGAAGUGUCUAAAGAAUGACUUUUCUUGUGGUGAUGGAAGGUUGUAUCCGCUUUGAGUGGAGAUGUGACGGUGUUGUAAAUUGCUGGAAUGGAACUGACGAACAGAAUUGUAGUCACGACAUAUGCACAGAUGGCCAGUAUAUGUGUGAAAACCAUGUUUGCAUAUCAAGUAGUUUGAAAUGUGAUGGGAAUAAGGACUGCUUAGAAGGAUCUGAUGAAAAUGAUUGUCCAAUGACAACUUUAUCGUCAGACCCAGUGCCAGGCUCUAGUACAAACACGAGCACGUUUAUUGAGAACAAAGUGGAUACCAAUAACGACCACAGAUAUAGCACCGAUAUGCGUGCAGAUGAUGUAGUCGAAAUGACAACUUCAUCGUCAGGCUCUGACCCCAGCUCUAGUACAAACACAAGCAAGUUUAUUGAGAACAAAGUGGAUACCAAUAACGACCACAUAUAUAGCACCGAUAUGCGUGCAGAUGCUAUAGCCGAAAUGACAUCUUCAUCGUCAGGCUCUGACCCAAGCUCUAGUACAAGCACGAGCAUGUUUAUCGAGGCCAAAGUGGAUAAAGACAACAAACGGAUAUACACCCUGGUUGUGUUACUCUCAGUUGGUGGCGGUUUCAUCGUGAUAUGUGCGGUCACUGUCGUGAUUUGUAUUAUAAAGCGCCGCGCAAGAAAAAGACAAAUGCCAAACAAUAAAAACAAUGCAUACCCAAUGUUGGACGUAGUACCUAACACACACAAAUGUGCAAGUAAUAAUCCUACUUACGGCAAAACUGACACAAAUUUGUAUGAAGGGCUUGACAGGCGUGGAAAUGCUUCAUCGGAAGAUCUGUACCAGCAGCUUGGUUAUAGCAAUCGAGAUAUAAUGUCUGCACAUCUAGAAAGUCAAUAUGUAAAUACUGGAACAUGUUACCAACAAUCACACACGGACAGACGAGAGUGUAGCAAAGAUAACAAUGAUGAAUAUGAAAGUUUGUAAACUAAUGCGAUAGAGAGAAUGCAUCAAUUAAUGAAAUAGAAAAAUAUUACGUAAUUCUAAAUACUUUCAUUCUGUGGACAAAAGGUUAAAGCAUACGCCUUAUCCGGAAACCACCAUGUAUUUUUAAAAAGAAUUUCAUGCUGUUUAUUUACUUUUGUAAGAUUUCCUUGAAACAGAACACAUAUUUCAUCCAUUCUUUAAUAAAAUAAAGUUGAUACAAUAUAACAGCCAGGAAACUAGAUAGAUAGAUACGGGAUGAUAGUCAUUCCUCGAAGAUGUUUACCUGUGUAUCAAUGUGGCUUUGAUGUCAACUGUCAACUUUUAUACGCAGAAAAGAAACAACUUUGUUACCGUUUUUUCGAAUUUUUUUAUCAGAGGAUGACUAUGGAUUCUUACAUGUCUAUGAUAAAUUUAUGAAAUUUUCGUUCAAACGGUCUACAAAAGGUACUGACUAAAAUGACAUUUUUUUCUACUUAAUUCACGCGAUUUAUUUCUAAAAAAUUCGAAAUUUGUAAAAAAAUACAAUGUUCUAGAUAAUGUUGAAAUUGAUUCACGUUUAGCUGAAUUGAAUUAUAGAUGAAGCUGUACACAAAUACACAUGUUAUUAUGUUUAUAAUUUUGUAUGUAAAGCUGCAUAUUGAUAGAACGAAUGAUUUUUUAUUGUGCGUUUAAUUAGCAUUUUCAUACAUAGAUAUUAUAAAGGAUCAUAGUGCAAAAAAUCUAGUUUCAUGAUUACUGUUGUUAAAAUGGACAUAAAGUUAUGAUAUUUUGUGUUAUAUUUAGCUUAAGAGAUGUUGUACACAAUGUAUCUGUUUUAUUAUCCAGAUUUGUCUUUGAAAUAAAAUCAGAAGAAA